AGUUGCAUUUUUAACGACAUAUAGUGCCAAGAAAAAAAAAUUAAAUUCCAUUUUAAGAUAAGAAGAAAUUAUAUAAGGAAAAAAAAAAAAGAGAGAGAGGAUAAUUAGGUAAUCUUCAUCUUCACCUUCCUCGUAGUCUCCUUCACACUCCAAAGUCUAAACUUUGAUAAAAUCAUAUAUAAUCUGAAGCUUCUCUCUAUUUCUUCUUUCAGAAUCACAACAAUCAACUCUUUCUUCUUCUUUAUUCUCAUGGCUUUGGUUCGUGAACGUCGUCAGCUCAAUCUCCGUCUUCCUCUGCCUCCUAUCUCCGACCGCCGCUUCUCCGUCUCCUCCUCCUCCUCCGUCGCUGCUACCUCCUCAGUCUGUAACAACAACAACAUCUCAGCCGGCGAUCUCGAGAAACUGAACGUUCUCGGAUGCGGAAACGGAGGGAUCGUUUACAGAGUCCGUCACAAGAACACGUCUGAGAUCUACGCUUUGAAAACAGUCAACGGCGACAUGGAUCCCGUUUUCACGAGGCAGUUGAUGCGGGAGAUGGAGAUCCUCCGCCGCACGGAUUCACCAUACGUCGUUAAAUGCCACGGGAUCUUCGAGAAACCUGUCGUCGGCGAAGUGUCGAUCCUGAUGGAGUACAUGGACGGAGGAACGCUGGAAUCACUCCGCGGCGCCGUGACGGAGCGGAAACUCGCCGGAUUCGCUAAACAGAUCUUGAAAGGACUGAGCUAUCUACACGCUCUCAAGAUCGUUCACCGUGAUAUCAAACCGGCGAAUCUGCUUCUCAAUUCGAGAGACGAAGUUAAAAUCGCAGAUUUCGGAGUGAGCAAGAUCUUAGUCAGAUCGUUAGAUUCGUGCAACUCGUACGUUGGGACUUGCGCUUACAUGAGCCCGGAGAGAUUCGAUUCGGAAUCUUCCGGUGGAAGCUCCGAUAUAUACGCCGGAGAUAUAUGGAGUUUCGGAUUGAUGAUGCUUGAGCUUCUCGUAGGGCACUUCCCGUUGCUUCCGCAGGGGCAGAGACCUGACUGGGCGACGCUGAUGUGCGCGGUGUGUUUCGGAGAACCGCCGAGAGCGCCGGAGGGAAGCUCGGAAGAGUUUAAGAGCUUUGUAGAGUGUUGUCUACGUAAAGAUUCGAGUAAGAGAUGGACGGCGUCGCAGCUUCUUGCUCAUCCUUUCCUCCGGGAAGAUCUUUGAUUCGAUUCUUUAAAAAAGAAUCUGUAAUCUUAAAAAAAUUCGAAUGUUCAUUAGAUUUAAUUUUUGUAGAGUUUAGUGGAGAUCUGUCUAUAUAUAUUAUGAUGGUAAUUUUUUUUGUACAUGUAUAUGAUAUAUACAACUCCACCAUUCCAGAUUCUAGCUAAGGGAAUUAAUCCUUCUUGUAACUUGUAAGUAACAUCAUUCAGUAAUCCAAAUAUAUAUGAAUUUCUUCAGUA